UUUAUUAUCGCGUCGUUACGUCGUCACGUUUGGAAUGUUGUAUUAUCAUGUGAAGAGACAUUCGUGAGUAGCAUUGUUGUUUGUAGCGGAUAACCAUUUCGUAUGUGUCAUAGACGUGACCCCAUCAGUCUCGUUAAAGUGUUCUGUGUCAGCGCAAGCUCGCUUCCUCCUUUUGGGCUACGAAUUGAUAAUGAAAAUUUCAAUAAUAUAAGAAAAAUAAAACAGCUCCUGCUUAGAAAUUUGGCCAUUCCAUAAUUGUGAUACUACUUCUAUAGUGAGGAUGAAGGCUUUCGCUUGUACAAUGGUUGUUUUCUAAAGUGAUAGCGACUCCGUGUUGUUUCAAGAUAAACAAAAUAUGUAGUGCUAAAAUAAUAGCUAAGAGGAUGAAGAGCGAUAUGUUUAUGCUGCCGUCACAAUGCUUUUGUUCGUUUUGUGAGAUUGCGUGAUAAUGUCAAAAUCGUUGAAUGAAUGAAAACGAUGCAAAUUAUGUUUUAGGCCGAUAAAAUAAGUUUCCGGCGUGAAAGUCAUACUUCGCUGCGAAUGAAAUAUACUACGCGUGCUGUCGAAUGGGUUGUCUCUAUUACGGGCGCAAUGUGUUAUCAGUGAAGUAAACGGUGAAAUUCUAAUAAAAAAGUAAUUUUCGGUUCACCGUCGAAAAUUAGGGCGGAAACUAUCAGCUUCGAAACAAAAGCUGAUUGGUGUAAAGUGGAAAGAGUACGAGUGACAACCGGGUGAAUCCAAACUAGGUCAGCAUACAAAAACCCAUAGUUAGCAAUGGAUUUGGCGAAUCUGUUCCUAUUCUGUUUGAUGUCCUGCGUGAUUGGCGCCGUGCUGAUGCUGCUCAUACAGUAUUAUGCUUUUGUACGUUACUUCCGCCUGCCGGAGCUUGGGAAGGAGCAAGAGGAGUAUCGGAAAUCGGCAAAUAGCGAACCUUACGUAUUGCCAGAUACGCUCCUCGAAAACAUCAGAGCUCCAGACGCCGAAAGCAAAUCAACCAUAAUGGCUAUCAAUCUCAUCCUCCAGUUUCUGUAUUUUGAGCUUCGUCACUCGAAUCGGGUCCGCAAAUGGUUUCACCGGAAGCUAUCGCUGGAACUGGAUGAGCUGAUAAGCAAAACCACCACCGGAAAAUUGUUCGAUAAACUGUCGAUCCGAGAUCUAGAUCUUGGUAGUCAGUUUCCGGAGAUAAAAAAUAUUCGCCUGCACAACGUAGAACUGCAUCCCCUGGAGGGCCAUAUCGAAAGCUUGGAUGUGCUGCUAGAUCUCCAUUACGAGGGAAACUUCCGCUUGUCCAUCGAUGCCGACAUGGUGCUGGGGAAAAAGGGGUUUCUUUCAUUGAAAGUGAGGCAGGUUUCGGGAAUAGCAAGGCUACAGUUCACUCGCAAACCAUAUACGCAUUGGUCGCUGAGUUUCGUCGGUGAUCCGAAGGUGGAUCUCGAGGUGCACUCUCAAUUUCAGGGCCGUCAGAUGCAAUCCAACGUGUCGAGCCUGAUCUCGAAUCAGAUUCGUAAAGCGAUACGAAGGAAGCACACCUUGCCAAAUUAUAAACUGAGAUACAAACCAUUUUUCCACCGCGUGGAAGAGGACUACGAUCUCAAUGAAAUUACUCCGAACGGGACGCUGGAGGUUGUCAUUGAGGAAAUCACCCGUUUGAACUGCACGUCACGUUUGUCGCACUUGUACUGCACACUAACUUUCGCUCAUAUGCCCUGGGUAUUGGCAAGACAGCAGGAAGAAAAUUCUCUAAUAGUUUCGUUGGACAUUGAAAUUCACAAGGCCAAGAAUCAACAGAUUGGAAUCGUGUUCAAGCAAUCUGAUCAGUUAGUUAUCAUCGAAGCUGUGAUACCCAAUACGCCCGCGUCGAAGGCUGAACUGAAACGCAACGAUGUUCUGCUCUCGAUUCAGGGGAAAAAAGUCACAACGAUCAAUCAAGUGGCCAAGAUAAUCAAAACGUUGAACAGACCCAUGUUUAUUCUACGCAUCGAGCGGAUAGUGGCCGGAGUUAUCAAAAACGAUGGUUUGAUGGAUGAUUUUGAGGAGUAUGAGGAAAUCGAUCCCAAUUUAAACAUCACAUUCAACAAGAACAUAGACAACGUUCAAAUUGGCGUGGGAGGUGUUAAAGAGAAAGCCAAACUAUCUCGUCGGAGCUCGAGAGACAGUGGCGGAGAAUCAAGUCAUUCCAACACACCUGGAAAUACCCCCAUAAAAAGGCCGGGAAGUGCAAAAGAUUCAAAAAAGGAGGAUCCCAUUCCAACAACAAUCACCCUGAGCAAUGAGACAUCAACAACACCAAAUAAAAAACAGCUGUUUGAUUGCUUUCCUCAGCAUUCCACUGUGGAUUGUGAAUUCAACUCAUUCAUUCGGAUGGAGGACAUCUGUAGUUUUCAAUUAAUGGAACAAUUCUCCUAUCUAAACGUCAAUUUGUUUGGAAAGAGCUGUGACGAACAUCGGCUUUUAGGUUACUUGAACAUUCCUAUAAAUAGUAUAUUGCAAGAGUGCAGUGAAUCUCCGCUGGGGCAUCAUUUGAAAAAAUAUCCUUUGCUACCACCAGAGGCGAUUGAUGUGUCGAACCACCCACUUUCUAUGUCAUCCGGAUUUGAUCAAAAUUAUUGCUAUGGAGACAUUUUGCUCUCCUUCGUUUGGAGUGGUGCUACUGUUACUUCAUCGAGUGGUAAUGUUUCCAUGAAAAGCAGCACCGAAAACAUCAAGAAACUAAAACUUAUUAGUAUCAGCAAAGGUUCCAUCGAUAAACUGGAAGAAGAUAAAACUGAUUCUCCGCCAGAAAUUAAACAACCGUCACAAAACGCAACCCAAGUACUGCAACAGCAACAUGACUUCAUUCGUACCCACUUUCAUCGGACAACACAGUGCGAUUAUUGUGGUAAGAAAAUUUGGCUUAAAGACGCCGUCCAAUGCCGGGACUGUGCCAUGUGUUGCCACAAAAAAUGCAUCAACAAAUGUCAAAGUUCUACCGUUUGUAACGCGGGUGAUGUUGGCCAGCCUUCUUCCGCCACUAGCGGAAAGCCCGAGUUUCGCGUCACAGAAAUAGAAUCGCCAACAAUAGAAGUUGAAGAUUUUGUGGACCUUGGCGAAGAGCCGCAAGAAAAAUCGAGACUCGAGUCGCACCGGCAAAGUUUUAGCGACUUGCUGUCACAAGGCCUAAAACGAGUUAACUCCGCCAACAACCUAUCGAUCCCGAUGGUGUCCUCGCUUAAUCAGAGCAGCAAAAGUUUACCUCCUACGCCACAGCACACACCAAGAAAGCAAUCGUUGGCCAAUGUUGCUGUCAAUCCAUUUGUGGUGGUCACACAACGGCUCGAGUGUCUGCCCGAAGACGUCAAGGAGUUGCAGAUGGAACAGAUCGUGGAUCUGACCGCCCCGUUGAUCGAGUAUGGUUCGUCCGAUACACUAAUGGCGUUAGCUAAAAGUUCAAGCAAGACCAUCUACUCGGAAUGCGAUCCAGAUGUUAGGACCGAAAAAAUAAACAAGCUGCUAUCAAAAUUACACAUUGCAUUAGACUGUGAAACUUUGAACCAAUCGUCGCUAAGCUCCGGAGGCAAGAUCACUUCUAAAGACGACAGCAAACCUAAGAACCCCAACCAGACGGCGGACGCGGCUCGUUCCGCAUUUUUGGCAGGCCAAUCAGAGGAACGAGUCCAGGCUUUGAGUGUGAUCAUGCUUCAUCUGUGCUCCGGGUUGCAGCAUGCCCAGGGUAACCUGGGUCAAUGAGAAUAGUGAUUGCUUCGCCAACUCUCGCUAGGAUCUCUGCUGGGGCCAUCCACGCUGGUGGGUCUUCUGCCAGAGGAGAGCGCAUUGGAGAACGACGAAGCGGGUGAACGAUUCGGAUGUUCCUUUACGGGUGGCAACGGGGGCGGCCGUAAAGGUCGAUCUCACGCCCAACGGUUUAUGUCCUGCCGCAAACGAGCGGUUGGUCUUUUUCAACGUUCGGCUAGUGUGAGUAGUGGUAGUGGCAGCAACCGUAAUAACACUUCCAAUAGGUGGCUUACCCCCACAUACUGCAACGAUCCCUGAAUCACAACAUACUCCAACAUACAAGGCAAAACCAAUCACAUCCCACAAUAUAUGAUUACACAAUUAAUCGACAGACUGAUAAUAAGCAUACACAUUCAACCCAUCACGGGAUGCAUUGCGUGAAGAACACACAAACAUUACGAAGUAGAAAAGCACAAAAUAUUUGUUGUUAACCGAAAGUAACACCAAACAAGUGUUACAGUAGUGGCAUGCUUGGUCCAUAAUUGUAGCUAUUUACGGUUUUAAUCUCAACCAUGCAGUAUAAUGUGAGCACAACCCAAUUGCAAUAUGAAUUACCUUAGUGUAGUCGUAGAAAAUUGCUUCGUUCAGGUAUUCGUGAAUGUUUGCGGGUGUAAUAAAAGUGUAAUUAUGUUCCUUUGAAACAGAACCACCAGCGUGCCCCGCUACUCGUAGUAAUAGACACCGAGACCAAUAUUCAAGCAACCAAUGUGAUCCAAAUACGAAACUGGUACUGGUACUGGUAAUGAAUUAGAGAGACUUUAAACUCUGAGAGUUCAUUCGUCUCUUGAAAAAAUACGAAACGAAUCAAUCCCGAAACCUUUAUCAUAUUUUAAAGCAACACCAUCCAACAUCCAACAGGCUCCAUCCGACCACGUUGGAGGAAGGAUACCGUAUUUUUUCCGACUACCACAGGGACAGAAAUAAUAACAAUACUCUCUAUCUGCGUAUCACCUGUACCUCACAAAAAGUUAGGUUUAAUCCCCAUCAGAAUAUGUUGUGUUUUAUCUUUUAACGCUAGUAUUGCUAGUAAUAAUGCCCAUUCGUGUUACUUUUUUAGAUGAACCGUUGAUGAUGUCUCCAGUUUUUAAAGGCUUACAUAGUGUAGAAAUAUUUGCGCAUCACGUAUUGAAUUGUACUUACAAACGAGUGUAUUGAACGUGUGGCGCAAUUUUUUUAAAACAGAGUACUUAGAAACAAUUUUGAAGAGUAUCAGAAGCAUCCUAUCAACACAUGUUGUUUUACGAAGCUAGUCAAUAUACAUGACAUCAUUCAAAUUGAUAGGGUUAGGAUUAUACAGUUAUAUAUUGGUAUUCGGCACGAAAUUGGUCCCACUAGGACCAUGCGUGGUUUAAACUAAAUUGUAAUAUUGGUGGCAAAAGUAUUAUAAUUUAUAAUAAAGUUUUACGAACAA